AUGUCAAGCUCCAAGCUCGUGUCGGCUGAUAAGGUGACGAACAAGGAGUUCGCAGAGCUCCUCGCUAACUAUGAACCUCUGAUUGACUCCAUUUCAGCCUCGAAAGGCGCCAAGUCUGGUCAGAAGACCCUGCAAGAGCUGGAUCAGUUCCGUUUCGUCGAGGCCCCGGCCCUCUUUUCGCAGGAAGCCCCUAAACGAUCCAUGAACCACGAUGAUGUCAAGGUUCUCGUUGACUGGAAGCUUCGCCACGGCAAGUUUCGCCCGACUCUGAUGAAGCUCGUCUCGUCAAAUGACUCUUCCGCGGCGGAGAAGACCGUGAAAGAGGGAGUGGAGGCCUAUCAAGGCGUGUCAGACCUGUCGGCAUCACUCAACAUCUUGACCAGACUCAAAGGAAUCGGUCCUGCGACUGCUUCGCUUCUUCUGGCGGUGCACUACCCGGAGCAGGUCCUUUUCUUCUCAGAUGAGGCGUACUACUGGUUAUGCAACAAAGGCCAGAAAGCGUCGCUUAAGUACAACAUGAAGGAGUAUGAGUCUCUCAAUGCUGAGGCACGGAAGCUGAUGAAAAGGCUGGACGUCUCAGCAAUGGAUAUUGAGAAGGUGGCAUAUGUUUUACUCAAACAAGAGGGAACCGCCUCUGUGGCAAAGACUUCCUCGAGCCCCAAGGUCACCAAGGAUGAGCCAAAGGGUACAACGAAGGCAGCGUCUUCGAAGAGAAAGAAUAGCACCGACGAGAUCGUAGAAGACAAGGGUCUAGUCAGACGGUCGAAACGCGGGAAGGCGACAUGA